AUGGCUGCUUCCUGUGAUGUGACAGUUGUCUGCGACGAUUAUACAGCACGUAGUCAAAAUGAAUUAUCAGUUACAAAAGGUCAACAUGUUCGUAUAUUACAACGUACUGCCGGCAAUUCACCAGAAUGGUGUUUAAUUCGUCUAUUAAAUGAUCAUAGUCAACAAAUACAACAAUCUAUAUCCGGUCCAUCAUCAUUAGCUUCAUCGACGACAAUAUCCGGUACAGAACAAUCAUCAUUACCAUCAGUUCAUUCAACACCAACAAAAUAUGUUGAGGGUCUUGUACCAUCGUCGAUAUUAAAAGCAACAAAAUCCAAUUUAUCUGUAAUAAUUCCAAAAACGGAACAAGAUGCCAGCGAGACAAAUAACGAUGAUUCACAUCAACAACAAUCACCAGCCCUAUUUACUAAACGAAAAACAAGUAUUAGACGAAUAUUAAAAAAUCCUGUACGUCGUUUAAGUUUAAAAGAUGGUAAAGAUGCAAAAAAUCGUGAUAUAAAAAAAGUAUCUACAACAGUAAAUCUAACACCAAUUGCAAAUUCAACAUCAAAAAUAAAAGCUUUCACAUUUACAAAUUCAGAAGAUUUACAAUCUGCUUCUAUAACUCUCUCUAAUACCACCGAUAUAUCAACGGAAAUAAUACCACCGAUGACCGAUGAAAAUAAUUCAACGGAGAAAACGCUUAACGGCAUGAAUGGUAGUUAUAAAAUAUCAGAUAUUACGCAAGAUGAUGAUGAUGUACUACCAGAAGUUGAAGUCCCACCUCCAAUGGAAAUACAACAACAACCGAUAAAAUUUGUGGAUAAUGAAGUCAAUACGGGACUGGGGGCUCCAAUUAGUAUUGUUGCUGGUUUACCAGUAAAUGAUUUUCAAAUUCCAGCAGCAUUAAAUAUAACAAAUCCAGUUAGUAUAACAACAACAACAGCAGCAACAAUAACAACAACUGUUCCUGCUUCAAAUACCAAUGUUCCAUCAACACCUUCAUCUUCCUCACUAUCCUCAUCACCAUCAAAUACGGCAAUUCCAAACUCUGUGAUUUCUAAUGAUGAAGAGCGAACACCACCUUCAUCUGCAAGUGCAGGAGCACAAGCUCUACCUUUUUCUUCUUCACUAUCAACAACCGUUGAUUUAUCAUCAGACAAUCCAUCAUUACCCGAUAUUGAUGCACCAAAUGAAUCAUCUUCAAAUCCAAUAUUAGAUGAAGCAGUUGAUGAUAAAACAAAAUACGGUGAAAAACGAAGACAUAACAUUAUCGAAUUAAUUGAUACAGAAAAAGAAUAUGUCAAAGAUUUGGCACUUAUUGUAGAAGGUUAUAUGAAUGCUGUUGAAAGUGAUAAAGACAUUAAAAAGCCAACUGGAGUUCAAGGUCUUGAACGCUAUGUAUUCGGAAAUGUUCAAAAAAUUUAUGAAUUCCAUCGAGAUACAUUUUUACCACAACUUGAACAAUGUAUUGAAAAUCCAGAUAUAUUAGGAAGGCUAUUUACGACAAAUCGAUUCCAUCCGUAUGUUAAAUAUUGUGAAAAUAAACCACGAUCAGAAUAUGUUGUAUCGGAAUUUCAUGAUUAUUUUGAAGAAAUACGUAAAAAACUUGGUCAAAAAUUACUUGUUAGUGAUUUAUUAAUAAAACCUGUUCAGAGAAUAAUGCGUUAUCAAUUAUUAUUAAAAGAAAUUUUAAAAUCAACGGAACGUAUGAAUGAAGAACCACGUGCUAUUCGUAGUGCUUUACAAGUCAUGAUUACAGUUCCAACACAAGCAAAUGAUAUGAUGAAUGUUGGACGUGUCAAAGAUUUACCAUGUAAUGUACAUGCAUUAGGUGAAUUAAAAUUACAGGAUAUGUUAUUAGUAUCUGAACCAGUUACCAAAGAUACAAAAGAUCCAAAAGAAGCUGAGAAAAAGUUAAAAGAACGACGAGUAUUUUUAUUUCAACAAGCCAUGGUAUUUUGUGAAGAAAUACCGGCAAAAGAUAAAUAUUCUAGUCCAAAUUAUAUCUAUAAAUAUGAUUUAAAGAUAAAUAAAUUACAACAUAAAGAUUUUAAACGUAUCAAAGAUGCUUAUCAAUUUAUUUUGGUUGAAGUUGAUGCUGGUCAUACAAGACGUGUGUUAUGUCAGUGUAAUAGUGAAGAACAAUAUGAAACAUGGGUGACUAAUUUACAUAAAGUAUUACAACGACAAAUUGAUCUUAUAGCCGCUUUAAUAAAUCCAACAGAAGCUUUAAAAAAAGAGUUGUUAACAUGGGAGAAAGCAGACGAUAAUUAUAAAGAAUAUGUAUCACAACAAUCUACUCCUAUGUUUUCUUCAACAGUAAAACAUUCAAAUACAUUUCAACGUACAACCCGUUCAUUAAGACGACGAAUGUUCACGCAAGAUUCAUCAUUAUUAUCAUCACCAUUUCAUACAUUAACAACAUCUAUUUCGUCAAAUAAUCGUGGUCAAAUCAAAAAAUCAAUGUCCGAUAGAACAGGAAAAUUACCAAAUGAAAUAACGACGGGAAAUACUAAUAAUUCAUCUGUUAUUCUACCAUUAUCUCCAUUACCUUUAUCACCAAAAAACUCUCAUUAUCAUCCACGUACACUAUCUCAUUCAGAUACGAAUAAAGUUCAUACACUAGAAUUACCUCAAACAUCGUCGUUAAAUACCAAUGAUUCUAAUAUAACUCCAGUACGAAAGUCAUUUAAUUUAUUCGAUACAAUUUUACAACGUUCAUCGUCUACUUCAACAUCGGGAACAUCAUCUACACGACCAUUAAAUAUUGUCACAACAACAUCGUCUAAUUCUCUUAGCAUUUCUUCUUCAGUUACUGCUAACGCAUCUUUACCUAGUUCACUGAUUCCCGUUGUACCGUCCGCUGUCACAUAUUCUCCAUCAAUAAAUGAUAAUCAUAAUAUACUAUCUAGUCAACAACAACAACAACAAUCAUUAUCAAACGAUUAUCUUUCAUCUUCAACAUAUGAUAAUCGUUCAUUAAAAAAAACAAUUGAUAAUACUUUUGAACGUCGUCAACCUCAAACAAAUAAUGGCAGUCAUGUAUUACCUGAAACAGCCAAAUGUUUAUUUAAUUAUAAUGCAAUUAAAGAAGAUGAAAUAUGCGUUCAAAAAGGUGAAUAUGUACAAAUAGUUGCUGCUAAUCAAGAUAAUCGAUAUUUCGUACAUCGUGAACAAAAUACGAGUUCACCAGCCGCUGAAGGAUGGAUACCGGGCCAUAUUAUUGGAUUAAGAUCACCGAUUAAUUUGACACAACCAUUAACCUCACCGUCAAACACAUUCAUCAGAUCGCAUCAUUAUCAAGAACAUUCUCAUCCUGUUAUACCUUAUCAAUCUACUAUACCUCCACAACCCCAUACGAAUUCUUCAAAUUCGACAUCAGCUGAUGGACAAAAGGUAAUAUAAUCAUAUCCAAUUUUUCUUAAAGCUCCCACCAUUGUUCAUGGAACAAAAAAUGUAUGAUGUGUAUGUGUUCAAUUUUCAUCAAAAAUAAAGAUCAGUCAGAUUUUGGUUCUUAAUACAAAAAUAAUUACGCAUAUACAUCUCCAUGUUGUUCAUAUUUCUGCUUCUCUAUCUCUCUCUCUCUAUCUCGUUGGACCAGAAUCUCUCUUUUUCCUAUUUUUGUUUUGUUUUUUUAUUUAUUAUUUGUUUUCUCCCGAUAUGCCAGACCAACUUUUUCAAGAUAAGGAGUGAGAUUUGAACGAUCGUAUUGAUAACGAUCUCUCUUUUUCUUUUUCUAUUUUUCUUAGUUUAGUCUCGUUGCGAAAACAAUAAAGAAAUGUUUUAGCUGUGUUUUUAUUCUGUUUUUUUUUCUGGUUUUUUUUAAAUUGAUGUUUACUGUUUUGCAAAAAAAUAUCUAUUUUUUUUUUGUUUGAUCUUCUUAUUGUGUUCUCGAAGUAAAAAAAUUUUUUUGUAUAUGUACAGCUUUUUUGUUUUGUUUUUCUCAACAGAAAUUCGUUGCAUUAUAUAGCUUAUGUUUAUUAUUGGCUAUAUAUGAAUUUUAUUAAACAUGAUCGAUCAAGUAAACAGAUUAUAUCCUUUCCCUUCAUAAUUGGUCUUUUUAUACAAAUCGUACAGGCAUUUAAUACGUAUUUUCUUUUCGCUUACGAAACUAUACAAUGAGGAAAACGAGGGAUCGAUGGGUCAAAAAUUAGGAGCAAAAUGUAUUUAUUUAUAUGUCUGACGAGAGAACCUUUCGAGGUGAUUAAAAGCAUUUUGAUCGAUAUCUAGCGGGUUAUAGGUUAUCGACCAUGCUGAUUCCGAAUAUGAGCAUGGAACUGGCCCAUAGCUCUUCGAAGAUCCAGUCUUCUGGAAAACCAGUUUUUCAGAAAUUCCAAAAAAUAACCCAAGCCUUUCUUAAUAAUGCAGGAUUGUAGCGGGGGGCGUGAAGGGUUUAAAAUUAAUAAAAACAC